AUGCCACCCCAGACCGUGCCGUGCCAGUACCGAACGGGCAAGACGCUCGGAAGCGGCACUUACGCCGUCGUAAAGGAGGCAGUCCAUAUCAAGACCAACAAGUACUAUGCUUGCAAGGUCAUUAACAAGAAGCUCAUGGAGGGUCGCGAGCACAUGGUACGCAAUGAGAUUGCGGUGCUGAAAAAGGUGUCGAGCGGACACAAGAAUAUCGUGACUCUUCACGAUUAUUUCGAGACGGCCCACAACCUCUAUCUCGUAUUCGACUUGUGUACGGGUGGCGAGUUGUUUGACCGCAUUUGCGCCAAGGGCAAUUACUACGAGGCCGAUGCCGCCGAGCUUGUCCGGACCAUCAUGCUCGCUGUUCAGCACAUCCACGAUGCGGGCAUCGUUCAUCGUGAUCUCAAGCCCGAAAACUUGCUGUUCCGCACCAAAGCGGAGGAUGCAGAUAUCAUGAUUGCUGAUUUCGGUCUCUCUCGCGUCAUGGACGACGACAAGUUCACCCUCCUUACUGAAGUCUGUGGUACUCCAGGCUACAUGGCUCCCGAGAUCUUCAAGAAGUCCGGUCACCACAAGCCCGUCGACAUCUGGGCAAUGGGUGUCAUCACAUACUUCUUGCUGUGUGGAUACACGCCAUUUGAUCGUGAUAACCAACAGCAAGAAAUGGAGGCCAUCAUCCGUGGCGACUAUCGCUUUGAGCCAGCUGAGUAUUGGGCUAACGUCUCCGAGACUGCCAAGGACUUUGUUCGUUACUGCCUAACCAUCGAUCCUAACAAGCGUCCGACCGCCGCUCAGGCACUUGAGCACAAAUGGCUAGUUGACAUUUCUCAGCACUUCGUGCCUGAGAGUGAGACAGGCCAGCCCACCAACUUGUUGCCCCACAUUCAGAAGCAAUUUGAUGCUCGCAAGACCUUCCGCAAGGCCGUACUUGGCAUGAUGGCAAUGCGCCGCAUGUCCACGAUGCCGAUGAAGACGUCGCAACUCGCGCUGGAUGUCGAGCAAUACCGGAAGGAUGCAGAGGAGGAACACGUCGACGAGGUACUUGCAAAGCCUGAGGAUCUUAGUUCACCAUCUACCCCCACUGCCGCUACUUCUUCUACCCCUCCCCCUUCAUCUACGCCACCUGCCCCGUCCUCUGUUCCACCUGCUGCUGUGCACGCUCCUGUUCCUACUACCCCAUCCAUGACCCAAACCCAAGCCUCUCCUAAAGCUCCUUCUCCUGCCCCCAAUCUUCCUAAAGCCCCAUCACCGGCUCCCCCAUCUACCAGCAGUUCGGACGGUGGCAAGCGUGGCGGGGGAUCUCAUCGUUCCAGUUCCGGACACUGGUGGCAGCGGUUGACGCGCCAUUUGCCGUAA